AUCGAUGGAAUUCUCCUCUCUGCUCUUCUAGGGCUCUUGCUUCGAUCGCUGAGAGAGAUUUCUACGCGCAGUGGUCUUGAUCAAUCAUCCAUCAUUAUGGCGGACCAAUUCAGGUUAGUUUCUCCGGGAGGAUUCCAUCACGAGGGAAAAAUCCCGCGCAAGCACACCGGCGAUGGCCAGGGCGAUCAAAAGGACAUCUCGCCGGCGCUCGAGUGGUACAAUGUUCCUGAAGGAACCGUGAGCUUGGCGCUGGUUGUGGACGAUCCCGACGCGCCCGAUCCAAAAGAUCCAGUCGUGCCAUGGGUUCACUGGGUCUUGAUCAACAUUCCUCCAACGCUCAAAGGGAUUCCAGCGGGUUUCACCACUAAAGGGCUGGACGAGAAGAGCGAGUUCGCGGAGAUCCAAGAGGGCUACAACGAUUGGAAGCUCCCGGGCUACCGCGGCCCAAAUCCUCCAGUGGGCACUCACCGCUACGUCUUCAAGCUCUACGCGCUGGACACCAAGCUCAAGCUCGGCCACAAGGCAACCAAAGACAAAGUGGAGAUAGCCGUACAAGGUCAUGUUCUUGGAGAGACGGAGCUCAUUGGCCACUACACCAAGGAAAAUUUUAGCACUGGCCACGACUCUUACGUGCCGCCACCCGGUGGACCGCUGAUUUAGAAUAUAUUGACACACGUCAGCUCCCAACGGUCGUUAAGAGUCGUAGAAUAUGCCAAAAGUAUCUACUGUUUGACCAAA